GUGUGUGAAAAAAACAACAAGAAGAACUCGAAAAACUCCCUUAAUCUCUCCAUUACUGGUUGAAACCUUUGGAUUUAAUCUUGUCGCUUAUCAUUGGCGGUGUAUGAGUUCUCAGCGUAAAUUUUGUGUUUUUAAAGUCGUCAAAGUAGUUAUAACGUGCAGCCAGUGGGCUUCAUUUGUUGUCAUAUCUUAUUUUGUUUGAUAAGCAAACUGUGACACUGGCAUUUAAAUGAUAGGUUACUGAUUCAAUCUAAUGUAGAGGGGGGGGAAAGUCAAGAGACACUUUCAGAAUAUUUUUACAGAAAAAUGCUGACAUUUUCAUCACUUCUAAUGCUAAGCUCAGUGAUUGUUUGUAUUAUUAUGCCAAUCCAAGUGGUGGAAGCUGCAGAAAAUGCUGACGCUGAACUACCAUUGUAUUAUGGCUGGUUUGUUGAAACUGAGUAUUCAUCCAGUUUCUUGAACAGAAGCCGUAAAAUGUUGGCAGACACUCUUCAAGAAAUUCCAGAUUUCUUGAAAGAUGUACAAAACUUUACUCAGAAAACAUACAUAACUGACAUCUUAUUGCACUACACAAGAGAAAAUGCUGAUGAAGUUCUUCACUGUACUGCAAUGUAUAAUGGAGUUUCUCCCAACUAUGUUCCAGGGGCUCAAGAAUAUUCUGAGAAACAAGUUGUGAAGGACAAUCUUAAUCAGGUCUCGACUCUCCAUUCGAUUGGUUGGAUCCUAACUCCUCGCACUUUCGGUGCCCGUAUCAAAUUAACGAAGAAUCAGCUGUUGGUCUGGAAUCAGAACGAUACUGAAGGAAACCCUAAAGAAGCAAAAGUCAACACAAAAACAUUUAUUACUCCAAUCACCUAUGGUCAAAACCUUCGAGCAUAUAAAGAAAACUCGACAGAUCAAGACCCUGACGUUAUGGGAAAUUUCCAACCAACGUCCGGAAAUGGAAGUAAAGCGCAUUUGACAUUGGGUUGCUCACCUGGCGUCGGUGCUGUUACAACAGGAUACGAUCUUGUGGAUCUGAUUCGUUUAGAAGGUAUAAACGGAAGCGAAGUGAAAACCUACGACAUACCAAAAGGUGGGUGGCUAAGGAAUUAUGGAGAUGGGCAGUGGGUUUUCUACCCAACUAAACAGUUUUUACUUGAGAGUACCUUUCUCGGUUACGACAGCGGAACUCGCCAACUUGCGGCUUCAUUUAGCUUAUUGUGUUUGUGUUGUGCCUUUGCGAUUCUUACUAUGUUCAAACAAAAGUUAUAGUCAGCUCAAUUCUAAAUCCAUUUGCCUCUCUUCCGUAAACGUGUAAAUCGGGAAAUGCUAAACAUUCAGUAACUUUGUGAACUUGAUUAAAGUUAUGAAAUUGGUCAUCUUUGAUUUAUUCAAGGUAAUAGUAAUUACAGAAUUGUAUUGCGGUAAAGAAAACAGGAACUAAGAGAGUCAACCAUUAAACAUUGUUAGAGAUGUAGACAAAGAGUUUCUUUUCACGCGUAGAAAAUAGCGAUGAAUGUUUGUUCCUACUAUCUUGGCAACCUCCAACGUUAUUCAUAUCGCACAAGAUUACAUCAUUGCAAGACUUCGAAGAAGCGUGGCAUACGCACUGUUUCCAAGUAAAAAACCCAAUGUUAAUAUUAAUGUUGCAUUAAUAAUAAUUAGCUUACAUGGACAUUUCAGCAAACAUUUAAGGCCGCGAUUGACUAUCGUGUGCCUCCGCUUUGUAAAAAUUUUCUUGAAAAAAAUUGAUGAUCAAGUUCAAACAUCUAUUUGGCUAAAACCCCGUUUAACAAACUGCUGCAGGAAACCUCGAGACCACGUUGUUUUUCCGGUAUGACAGUCACACAAGAAAUAAAUCUAAAACUUGUAUAAUCGUGGCUUGACGUGUAUUUUGUGGCAUGUCAUGUGAUCGAUUGUGAGGAAACAAUAUUAUAAAAGUAGUACAAAUGUGUAGAGCGUUCACAAUUCAGAAUCAUUCACAGACGAUUGAUUACAUCUGGCCCUUCUUUGCACGUGACAGUACUUAAAUUGGUUAACAAAUCGUCAUAAACUGCAAAGUGCCUAUACGUGGAGAACAGAACACAAUAAAGGGAAACAAAAGACAUUUAACGAACGCAACGAGGAAACAACCUGAUGUACCCAUUAUUAGUAGAACCCAUCAGGCAAAAUUUUGCCUUUGUGCGAGAUUAGUGAAAAAUGGGAGACAAAAAAAAAAGAAAACAAGCUGCGUCA